GGAAGAUGGUGAAGAAGAAUCUGACGAAGAAGAUGCUACCGAAGAAGAUGAUGGAGAUGAUGAUGGGGCUGCUGAUGUGGAUGUCAAACUUUUUAAGAAAUUAAAGGUCAUGGAAGAACUUGCACAUGUAAGGAAUGACAUGGACAAGCUGAGGACAAGUGUUACAGGUAUCCAAGCCAUACUUGAUGAGGUGAAAGGCAUGUUAUGUACGCUGAUGGAUGUGGUUGGGCAUGGCAAACAGCAAGCUGCCACUGAAGAGAAGGAAGUCACCAAUGAGGAGAAAGAUAAGCAUGAUUCUGUUCAUUAUACACAAUGUAGAGAGCAUGACAUUCUGGAUGAGGCCACUGAAAAGAAGGCUGAGGAAGACAAUGUAGGAAGCGAGCAUGGCACUCCGAUAGUGGUAAAAGAAGAUAAGGCUGAGGAAGACAAUGAGGGAAGUGAGCAUGGCACUCCGAUAGUGGUAAAUGAAGAUAAGGCUGAGGAAGACAAUGAGGGAAGUGAGCAUGGCACUCCGAUAGUGGUAAAUGAAGAUAAGCAUGACUCUGAUGAAGAUGAGCAGGGAAGUGAGGCCCUAAUGGCACUUGUGGUCACCGGUGAAAAGGAGAAAGAUGUUGAAGCUGUUGAGCGUAGUGUUCCCGCAUUGCCUAAAUCAACCCUCAUAAGCUUUCUUUUGGAAGAAUUGAAGGAUGUGGAUAUGGUCUUAGGAGAUUGUGAGUCACCACUGCCUAAGGAUGAUGCAUUCUUGGAUGCAUCACUCACUGCCUCAACGCCUUUUGAAAAUGUCGAAUGGGAAGAUGUGCUUCAAGAUGAAGUUGAAAUAACCAAAGCCCAACCUGCCAUCUAUGAAAGGAAAAAAAGAAAGAGGUUUGCCUCAAAGUAUCAUAGCAGCCCUUUCCUGGAUCCAUGUGCUAAGCGGGUGAAGCGAAGCGAAGUUGAAAGGGACACAGACAUUUCAGAAGAAGAUAAACUCUUGAAUGAGCUCAAGAGUUGGACGGAAGCCCCUGCUACUGAGGAACCGGUGUGUGUGAUGUUAGACAUGCCAAUCCAUAUGACUGUUGAUAGAAAGUUCUUCUCUGACCUCAUAGCUCC